UCUCUUGACAUCAUGGAGCAAGACGUGCGCACUCAGUUCAGGAGGCUGAACCUUCGGAAGGUGGCAGGUCCGGACAGAGUUUCCCCUGCCAUCCUGAAUCAUUGUGCUGCUGAGCUGGCUCCAGUGUUCACGGACAUCUUCAAUGCUUCCUUGGUGUCCUGUCAUGUUCCUGCCUGCUUUAAGUCCUCCACUAUCAUCCCUGUUCCCAAGAAGGCCAGGAUCACAGGACUGAAUGACUACAGACCGGUGGCACUGACGUCUGUGGUCAUGAAGUCCUUUGAGCGCCUGGUUCUCUCUCACCUGAAAUCUAUCACUGCUUCUCACCUGGACUCAUUGCAGUUUGCCUACAGAGCCAACAGAUCUGUGGACGAUGCAGUGAACCAGGCCCUUCAUUUCGUUCUGGAGCAUCUGGACUCCCCAGGAACCUAUGCCAGGAUCCUGUUUGUGGACUUCAGCUCUGCCUUUAAUACAAUUCUUCCAACUCUGCUUGAAGACAAGCUUCGCCAGCUGGACGUGCCUAACUCCCUCUGCAGAUGGAUUACAGACUUCCUGACCAGCCGAAGUGCGUGAAGCGUGUGUGGCUGAGGACGACUGUCUCCGACACUCGGACCCUCAACAUUGGGUCUCCUCAGGGCUGUGUUCUCUCUCCAUGGCUCUUCUCCCUGUACACUAACUGCUGCACCUCCAGCCACGAGUCCGUGAAGCUGAUCAAGUUUGCGGACGACACCACCAUCAUCGGGCUCAUCUCAGAUGGAGAUGAGUCGGCUUACAGGAGGGAGGUGGAGCGGCUGGUGUCCUGGUGCAGCAACAACAACCUGGAGCUCAACGCUCAGAAGACAGUGGAGAUGAUCAUGGACUUCAGGAGAGUAAAAGCUCCUCCGUCCCCUCUCAUGUUGGCUGGUUUAUCCAUUCCUAUUGUGGGCUCCUUCUGCUUCCUGGGAACCACCAUCACUGAGGACCUCAAAUGGGAGCCAACCAUCAGGUCCCUCAUCAGGAAGGCCCAGCAGAGAAUGUUCUUUCUGAGGCAGCUACGAAAACUACGACUGCCGACGAAGUUGCUGGUGGAGUUCUACACGGCCAUCAUCCAGUCCAUCCUCACCUCCUCUAUCACUGUCUGGUACAACAGUGCCACCUCCAGGGACAAGAGCAGACUGCAGCACAUCGACCCAGAGACGUGCAGGUCGGAUCAGAGCCGACCCUUCUCACCCUGGACAUGGACUGUUUGUUCCUCUUCCCUCUGGCAGGAGGCUACGGUCCAUCCAGACCGGAACCUCCCGUCACAGGAACAGCUUCUUUCCCUCGGCCGUCAGACUGUUAAAUUCAUGAACAGCCUUGUUGUAAUGUUAUUCUAUUUAUUUUAUUUGUUUUUUGUUGCACUUUAUUCCAAGGCACUUUCCUAGUCAGUGGGCUCCCCACUGACCAUGGCAAUAAAUUUGAUUCUGAUUCUGAUUCUGAUUCUGGUCAGACAGACCAGAGUCAGGGGGCUGGGGACGACUGUCUCGGACACCUGGACCCUCAACAUCAGGUCUCCUCAGGGCUGUGUUCCCUCUCCAUUGUUCUUCUCCCUGUACAUCAUUGCUGAGUCGCCCAUAUCCAUUGUGGACUCCUUCUGCUUCCUAGGAACCACCAUCACCAAGGACCUCAAAUGGGAGCCGACCAUCAGGUCUCCCAUCAGGAAAGCCCAGCAGAAAAUGUUCUUUUUGCAGCAGCUGAGGUAACUCCAACUACAGACUAAGAUGCUGGUGGAGUUCUACACAGCCAUCAUCAAGUCUAUCGUCACCGUCUCUAUCACCGUGUGGUACAGCAGCGCCACCUCCAGGGACCAGGGCAGACUGCAGUACAUUGUACGGAGAUUCUGCAGAGAAGGUGACUACAACCUCUUCAGGACCUGUAUGUCUCCAGGACCUCUUCUUGGCCAUCAGACUGAUGAAUUCGUGAACAGCCUUUGUUGUUACUUAUAUUAUUGUUUAUUUUAUUUUAUGUUCAUUAUUGCACCAUGUACUUAGGCACUUUCCUAGUUGGUGGGAUCCUCACUGACAUUGGAAAUAAAGCUGAUUCUGAAUAGCCACA